AUGAACUUAUUUGAAAAGUUAAAAUAUAUUUUAAGAAGUAUAUUUACUUCAUCUUAAGUUUCUGAUAAAGACUCAAAAGAUAAAGAAUAUGAAGAGACAAGUGAAAUUAUUGCUUCUUUAAGAAAACACUUUUUAUCUUUAGAAUAAAAUAAUAAAGAACCAUUGAGAUUAAUUUUACUUAAAAAACUAAUUGAAUUAAGAAAUUAAAAAUAAAAUUACAAAUAACAAGAAUUGAACCUACAAAGAAUGUAAUUAAUAUUUCCAUAAUAAAAAACUAAUUAUAAUAAUACAACCUCCUAGAGAUAGAAUCAACCUAUAUCAACUCCAACAUUUCAUAAUUAGAAUUUUGAUACAUAAAAUUACUUCAUUAAAUAACAUAUACCUUAAUUUAUGAUAGAAUAGAAAAUGUAAUAAUCCUAUGAAUCUAAAGAUUAAUAAACAUUCUUUCAUUAAAAUUAGUUAUAAAUAAACAUAUAAUUGGAAUCAAUAAGUUUCUCAUCUUCAUAAAGUCAUUUUACUUUUGGGCAAUCAAAUAGUUUUGGAUCAUAAAUGAUACAAUAAUCAAUCUUGAAUGCAAAAGAAUAACAAACUAAAUUUGCCUAUAAUAAUAUUGAUUGUAAAAAUUAAAGUAUAAAUUUUAUAAUAAUUAUUAAGAUUGUGGAGAACCCUAAAAAAAUUAUAGACCAAAACCAAAAUUGUUCAUUUUUCCAGAAAUUGUAGAAGAUAUGUAUGAAUCAACACUCCUUACAGAACAUAAAUUUAGUGAAACAAAAGAAACUUUAUGA